AUGGCGUUGCUCCUCGCGGCCACCUUCGCCGUCCUGUUCAGCGUGGCGUCCGCUCUGCCCCCGGGCUACAGCCACUGGCAAAACGGCAGGGCAACUUUCUACGGCAGCUGCCAGUACGGCUACCUGGAUCGGAACGUCGGCACCGGCUGGGACAUUGCCGCCAUUAGCGACGUCGCCCCCGACUACAGGAACUCCUGCGGAAAGUGCAAGGAGGUCCGCUGCCGCCCCGCCAACUUUGCUGACGGCUACGGCCAGUGGCUGGACCGCAGCAGCGUUUGCUUCAACGACUACGCCUCGGUCGUUGUGAUGGUCACCGACACCUGCCCUUGCCACUAUCCGGGCAAUGCCUUCUCGAACAAGCGCUGGUGCUGCAAUGACAUGUACCACCUUGACCUCUCUCACUGGGCCUUUGAGAAGCUGGCCCAGACCAAGUGGGGCGUCAUCGCCGUGUCUUGGAGGGACGUGCCCUGCUGGUACAAGCCCAAAAACGCGGCCAAGCUGCCGUGGUGGGCCAAGCCCACGCCGGCCCCAUACUGGUACAAGGCACCCUGGGGCUUCAACAAGUGGAUGGACAAGCGCCUGGCUAGCCUCCAGGUCAACAAGCUGGUGCGCGCCGACCCCCUGGGCUAA